UGAACGAGUGGUUUGGAGCUGUUCUUCAACGGUUUUUCAGCGUUAUUUUUCCUUGAAGCGGCGAACUGCCCUAAAUCAAUGAUACCUACAUCUCAAUGUUUCAUUUUAUAAACGGAAUUGUUUUUGAAGCGGAAGCGGCAGGAUGGAGAACAACAGGGAUGAAGACUCUUCUACUGUCAAUGUCAACAAUGCCAAACAUCCUCUUAGUACUCGAAGAGUUUUAUCAGCAACAGACCAGCACUCUUUUCUGUUGUUGGUGUGUUUGGGGAUGUUAAGUGUCGUGCUGUCUGCAAAAGUCGCUUACAUGAGUGUGAUGACAACCAAGCAGCAUGAAAAUAUCAGCAACCUUACAACUGAAAAACGUCAACUGUUUGAGGCAAAACAGGUGAUGAAGAGCCAAAUCAACCAACUGGGCGAAGACAAAAACUGGCUCUUGGUCAGAGAAAAAUUGCAACAACUCAGAGAGAAGCUUACCAAAGACAGAGAGAAGCUGGGCAGAGAAUUACUAUGGAUGGCCCAAGAGAGAGAGAAGCUGAGCCAAGAAAGAGAGGAGUUGAGACUAGGCUUAAAUGAGCUGAUCACAGACAGAGAGAAUCUGACCCAAGAGAGAGAGAAGCUGGCCCGAGAGAGAGAGAAGCUGACCCAAGACAGAGAGAAACUGAGCCAAGACACAGAGAAGAUGAGCCUAGAAAGGGAUGAGCUGAGUCGAAAGAGGAUGGAGCUUAGCAAAGCAGAAGAAGAACUGAACAAAGAGAAAGAGGAACUGGACCGAAAUAUAGACAAUUUGAAAAAAGAGAAAGACAAGCUGAGGAAAGAGAAAGGUGUUCUGAACAAAGCAAUAGAUAAGGUAAUGAGUGAUAGAGAGAGAGUGAGGAAAGAAAGAGAGAGGGUGAGACAAGAGCAAGAGAAACUGGGCUCAUACAAGGAACUACUCAAUAGAACAGUGGACCUGGAAAAAGAGAAAGAGAGACUGGAAAAGGAGAAAGAAGAGCUGAGGAAAAACAGAACAGAGAUAAACAGCCAGAAAGAGGAGCUAGAGAAAGAAAGACAGAAACAUAACAAAGCUGUAGAAGAACUGAAGAAAAGGAAAGAGGAGCUGAACAAAAAGAAAGAAGAGCUGAGGAAAAAGAAAGAGGAGCUGAACAAAAAGAAAGCAGAGCUGAUAAAAGCGAAAAUGGAGCUGUACAAGAAUGAAGAUCAGCUGAACAAAAAGAAAGAUCGGCUGGGAAAAGAGAAAGAGAGGCUGAGCAAAAAGAAAGAGAGGCUGAGCAAACAGAAAGAGGAGCUGAGCACAAAGAAAGAGAAGCUGAUCAAAACAAAAGAGGAGCAGAACAAAGAGAAAGAAGAGCUGAACAAAUUAAAAGUAGAGCUUGCCAUAAAGACAGAAGAGCUGAACGAAAGGAAAAUGGAAAUUAACCAAGGGAAAGAGAGGCUGCUGAAAAACAAAAAUGAGCUGAGCAAGAUGGCAAAUGAGCUGAACAAAGAGGAACAGGCGCUGAAUGAAGAGCGUCAGAACCUGAGAGAAUUGAUAAGAAAGGAAGGCGAUCGAUGCAAGGAGAGAAACUCCCUAAAAGUCUUCAAGAGUGACAUCUUGAAGUUUAAAGUAUUUCCAACUGCAGAAUUCUGUCCUCCAGAUAUGAAACCAAAAUGUCGGCCUUGCAGGGACGGAUGGCUUACCUUCAUGGAACACUGCUACCUUAUUUAUACUGGACAAGAUUGGAAGUCUUGGAAUGAAAGUCGAGAGAUCUGUCAGGAAAAUGGUGGAGACUUGCUUAUAAUUAAUUUUCUGGAAGAGCAGGAAUUUAUCACCAGGCACACCAAAUACUACACGUCUGUGGAGCACGGAUACUGGAUAGGAUUAUAUUACAUGACAGGCAUGUGGUUCUGGGUUAAUGGAAAUAGGAACUUCCAUGACUUCUGGAUACAAGAUAUUGACCCUACAAGAGGAGCAGCACUGCAUAUACCAGAAAGAAACCCCAAAAGCAGCUGGAAAAUGACUCUUAACACAGAUCUCAAGAACAGAUACAUCUGUAAGCAUGACGUGAUUAACCUUGUCUAUCACUGACACAGUUCUCAAGUUUCAAUGAGGAAUACUCAAUUGUUUCUUCAGUUUUUCUCAUAAAUAAAAACAUAAUCUCA